AUGGCUUCCAAGGGCACUGUUGCGUCAACUUAUGUUGUUGCCCUACUCCUUUGUGUCAACAUGCUUUCCUACACCAUGGUGAGCUCAACGUACAUCCCUGUAAUUCCAGACCCAUCAGUGCCCUACCAAAAGGGUACAUGUCCUAUAGAUGCACUUAAGUUGGGGGUGUGUGCCAAAGUGUUGAACUUGGUCAAUGUUAAAUUGGGGUCACCACCAACCCUCCCAUGCUGCAACCUGAUUCAGGGUCUGGCUGAUCUUGAAGUUGCUGCAUGUCUUUGCACUGCCAUCAGAGCUAACAUCCUUGGCAUCAACCUUAACCUCCCAGUUUCCUUGAGUCUACUUCUCAACAACUGUGGAAGGAAAAGCUCAAACAUUGGUUUCCAGUGCCCUUGA